UUGCAAACCACAAUUUAAUGAGAAAGCAGUUGUAAUGUGGACUAUUCUGUUAAACAUAAGAAAAUAUCUGGUCCUUAAAUAGCUAUAAACGAAUAAAAUGUUAUUUACUGAUUCUGUAUUUAGACCAUUAGAUAUCAGUAAAAGCUAUUGGAAUUAUGUAUUUUAUGAACUAGCAGAUUCUAGAACAAAGAACUUAUUCCUUGUUAGUAGUCCUGCAACAAUAUUACUAAUACUCGGUUCGUAUUUAUAUUUCGUACUGAAAUGGGGACCAGAAUUUAUGAAAAACAGAAAGCCGUACGAAUUAAAGAAAUUGCUUAUGGUGUACAACGUAUGCCAGAUUAUUGUAAACGUUUAUAUAUUUUUACUGGGUGUUAAGGUGUCCUAUACUGUCAACAAUUUUUUCUGUAUGCCAAUUGAUUAUACAAACUCUGAAUUGGCACAACUAUUUAUUUACUGCUUUCAUAUCUACUUUAUUAACAAAGUAACAGACCUUCUAGACACGGUUUUUUUCGUGCUCCGAAAAAAAUCUAAUCAAAUAUCAUUCUUGCAUCUUUGGCAUCACUGUUUAAUGGUAAUAGUUACGUGGAUGGCGGUGAAAUAUAUACCUGGAGGCCAACUUGGAAUAGUGGGCUUAGUAAACAGCUUUGUUCAUAUUAUACUUUACUCAUACUACUUCUUGGCUGCUUUAGGACCAUCGUUCCAAAAAUACCUAUGGUGGAAGAAGUAUUUAACUAGGUUUCAGCUAAUCCAAUUUUGCUUAAUAUUUUUACAUAGUUCGCUGAUCUUUGUAACCGAUUGUGAUUAUCCCAAGUGGGCUGUAACUAUCUGUCUACCAAAUGCCAUCUUUUUCUAUUAUUUAUUUUAUGACUUUUAUAAAACAUCGUAUACACCGCAGAGCAACCACCGAAAUGGCCAGAAAAUUAAUUGAAUAUGAAAUUCGUACAAAUGGAAGAAUACUUUUAAUUAAAUUAAGAAUACCACUUUUUUGUAAAUAUUUAUUUAUUAAUUGUUCUUUGUUUUAAAAUUAAUUUUAGCUGAAUGAAAUAUUAUUUUUGAUCAUUUCAUUUUAAAACUUGUGCAAUCAACUAUUUUUAUGUAUUAUUUAAAUUUUAAUAAAUCAUUACAAAUUACA